AUGGGCUCUUCUAAGCGCAAGAGUCGCCAGUUGAGCGAACCGGAAGAGCCUUUCUACUCUAUCCGUGGCAUCCUAAAGGAGAACAAGACUCAGUAUCUGGUCGACUGGGAGGACAUCGACGGACAAACCUUCGAACCGACUUGGGAGCCCAAGGCCAAUGUCACCGAAGCCGCAAUUGAAGAAUGGCAAGAAAAGAAACAGCAAAAGAAAUUGGACGAGGAGAGAAAGAAGAAGAGAAAGAGUACAGACCUUCCUGCUUCGUCUCGUGAAGUCAUCGAGAUCGACGACGAUGAUGAUGAUGAGCAGCAACAAACCCCGAAGACCACGACUGCUCCAGGCUCGAAGGGUCGAAUCGUCCUGAAACACUCGAAGCCGCGCCCAGAUGCUGCUGUUGAAGUCACUCCACCUACGAAAUUGCGCCUGGAUCUGAAGAGGAAGCCAGGAAGACCUCGCAAAUCCAAUGUUCCAAACGCGCCAUCGAGAGUGCGCGACAACGACGAAGGCGAAAUGCCCUUGAAACUCUCUCCACGUCCCCGCGGACGACCUAGAAAGUCGCUUCCAGGUCCUGAUGUGGUUCGAAAAGCAAAAGAGCAGGAUGUCAAUGGCGAAGAUAUCAGACCUGGUAGGUCGUCGAACUCAAGCCCUGUGCAGAAGAGAACAAGCCGCACUUCAGAUCAACGUCACAAGCGCCGAAAGGUUGUCCAUGAUCCUUUAGACGAUGAUGAAGAUGACGAUGUUCCUCUUAAGAAUCUGAAUCUAAAGAAACGUAAGCCUUCUGUGCCUGCCAACUCUUCUGACGACGAACCACAACACGCUGAGGAGAGACCACCUCGGCCUACCCCUGCUAAGAAGAGAGGAAGGCCGAGAAAGGUUUUCAAAGGCACACAACCAGAGCCACCUCGUGCCGAAGAGACCACCGCCAGUCUCGAAGGACCUACCGAAUCUCAGCCCCUGGUCGACGCAGCAGCAGCGUCGAGUCUCUCUGCAAAGAAUUCUCCUUACGAACCAGGAGCCACCACUUCUGAAUCUACUUUUGUCAACAGCACAGUUAACAGCUCGUCAAGUGUUCACACUCUCCCAAAUCUACUGUGCCGUCGCUUCGGUGUCGACGCCGUAAUCCCUGACUCACAGAGUUACCUUGAUGCGAGCAGUGUGCACAUAUCAGCGCAGCACAUCGAAAUGGAUGACCAGAUGGAGGCUUUUGGAGACGCUUCCACCGAGAGUCAGGUUGUUAUUGAGCAAGUAGACAACCAGCAGGUGGUCAACCACGAACAGCCCAUUCCUGAGAGCAGUAUGGCACAGAAACCUGAGGAUGCCCCACAGUCGGAUGGCGCUGCGACUGCAACUCAAAGCGAACCAUCACUUGAACUAUCAACAAGAAACAACAUUGCUACAGAGGCAGCAUCAAGUCCCAUUGCCCAAGCUCUACUUCAUCUGCACCACCUACGGAGGCUGCCGAUAAAUCAACUCAGUCGCAGUCGCAGUCACAAUCCCAAACUCAUCAUCAAUCGCCCGCCAGAUCUGAGGGCACAAAACGAGGCACCAUCUGAAGCACUCUCGCCUUCUUCGGCACGCAACCAGGAGCCUGGCCAAAACACAUUGACUGUUCAAACUCAAGCAACCAACCAGAAAAGUCACGUGGAACAAGCCGCUCAGCAGACUUCCUUCCAAAUCCAACAACCAUCCGUUCAGCAACUCCCACUAUUUGAGUUCGCUCAGAGUUCUGCUGAGGAAGUCACUACCUCUUCUCUUGGAUUCAACACUCAAAUCCAGCCUGCUCACCAAGCACCUGCUCAACAAGCAUCUACUCAGCCCGAGUCUGCACAAGAAGUGUUCAUUCCAUCAAGUCCAAUUGCAUCACCACCAUCCAACCUUCCCAACACAAUCGGUGCAUCUGCGCCUUCGCCUAUCAGGAGCUUGUCUGAUCCUGAGUUCAGCGGUGUGCGCACUCCAGUAUCAGCUAUGAGUCCUGACACGAACCCUGAUGGCACUCCAAUGAGUACCAAGCAAAAACUGUUGGCAGGGCGUGCCAGAAUCCGAGCCAAGUAUGGAAUCGUGACCGAAGACGAGGCCGAGAAGUCCGCUCCUGCUGCUACAAGCACCCCUGUUCCUUCCAGGGUUGCUCUCGACAUGCAUUCGCCCAAACCUGCAUCUGCAGUUCCAGCUAGACUUAUGUCACCUGCUAUUGCUGAACGCGAGGUCCGUUCACCCUCAACCGUUCCUCCAGUUGAAAUCAUUCCCGACGAGACACCCGAAGAAUACUCUCGUUCUGAACGCUACGAGACUCUACUGCCCGGACAAGGCCCGCAGAUCAAUUCCGAAACUUCCCGUCCUCACGUCUCGCAAGACCUUACUAUGAACGACGCCUCUAUCGAGACUGGUCCUGACGACAACCAACACUUGACUUACAAAGUCAUGAUUGAUAACUUCACCCUGCACAAGAUUUGGCCAGCUGAUUCUGAACUCGCUCAACAAGCUCGCGAUUUUAUUGUCCAGCUCCAUUACAUUGUCAACCACAUUGACCUCAACAACUCCGGUACAUCGUCGGCUUCCCAAAUGAGCCAAUCCCUGCAAGCAGACUGGGACAUGACCAUCAGUACGAAAUUCAGAUUCUUGAAGAGUCUUUUGGAUGCAGCUAAGCGCCACAAUCUUCACAUCGCAUUGCUUGUUGAUCCUGGAAGACUUGCUUCUAUGCUUCAAAGUUUCUUGCAGGGAAUCAGCAUAAUGUACAACGUGAUUGAUGGCCAGAACAAUGUCGCCAACCAGAAUUCAACAGCCACCAUCUUGUUGACCAGCGUCCAGUCUAUCAACGUAUCACCACUGGAAUUUGAUAUGAUCGCAGUUCUUGAUGGAAGCAUGUCCAGCACCAUCAUCGCACGCACCCAGAAGAUGCUCUCUCGCGACACGCUUGUCCCUACAAUCUCUCUUGUCAUUCCCCUCUCUAUCGAGCAUGCAGAGCGUUGCCUUCCGUCUACCCUGUCUGAAGCAGAGCGCCUUCACAUACUUAUCAGCACUGCUACCAAUGAGAGACUGGCCGCUGGCUGGCAAAGCGGUGGCACCGACACUGAUUUCGAGCGCAAGGCAUCCGACAUCAUCUCCUGGGUUCUCAAUCCAGGUGAGGCGGAUUGGCCCUUCUACGGCUUGCCUGAGUUGCAGUUGAUUGAAGCAGUCUCGAAUCGAUUUGUCUCACAAGACGAACACAUGAUUGACAGAAAUGGCGAUUCUAACAAACGCCACCUGGACAAUGAUGAAGCACCUUCGGCUAAGAGAGUCCGCGUUGAAGAGUCACUUCCCUUGACCAUCAACCCGGCCGACAUGCACCUUACCCCAGGCACACUUCCCGUGUCAAACUCGCAUGUUAGCGAUUCUGUGACUGCCUCACAGCAUGCUACUACUCUUCAAGAUCUCCACCGUGCCCAGGCGCAGAUACGCGAACUCAACCAGGCUAUGGAGACAUUGCAGUACGACUCUGAAGAGCAGCGCGCUCAGAUGGUUCAGGCUCAGAAGGAGCGCAAUGAGGCUCUGAAGAGAGAAGAACGACUCAUCACUACAAACAACGACCUCAGAGCCAAGAGUACCUCGCUCCGUGACGAGGUCUUGAGCUUGAAGAACCAACUUGAGAAUGCCAGAGUCGCCUUGGUCAACCAUACGGUUCCUGAGCGUGUUGAGCUUGAGAAGAGCAAGGCCGAGACUCUCGCCGCUCUCGUCGAGAGAGACAGCGAAGCCAAACGUGCCAAAAUCAUUGAGAGUGAUCUUGCUUACCUGAGUGGUCAGUACCAGAGUCGUUCGAACGAGAACACCACGCUCACUUCUGCCAAUGCCGAGCUUGAACAACGCAUCGCUGAACUCGAGGUCAAGGCUUCUGGCGAACAGGCUAGAUUGAGACAAAUGAACAACAACGCUCACGCCAAGCAGCAAAGCGACACCAUCAAGAAGCUGCGUCAGGACUUGAACGAGAGAGAGGGAACCAUGUCGCGUAUGAGUGAGGAACUCGCACGUCUGCGUGAGCCUCGUGGCCGCGUUGGAACUCGCGCUAACAGCGCACCACGCAGCCCUCGUGCCGGCACUCGUGAGCCUUCCAGUCGUCAAGGUAGUCCUUCGAUGCCGCGUCCAGCUCACCCUCUCAGCAAGUCGACCAACUAG